AGCAUGUAUGAUGCGCACCCUCCGCCAGUAUGAAGGCACUCAGGGCAGUUUCUGCCUUUGAUUUUAUAGAAUAAGCCUUGUUAUUUCUACAAGCGCUGGCUCCUGUAACUGGACUAAAGUAGAUGCGACACCGAAUCAAUAUCCUGGUCCUGCAGAAUGUCCAAGAUCAGGCGGAAGGUAACAGUGGAGAAUUCAAAAACCAUAUCUGACAGCAGCAGCAGCAGCAGUACCACGACCAGCAGCACCAGCAACCCCGCCGCCCCCUCCCGCAGGCCCAGUGUAUUUGAAAGACUUGGCCCCAGCACUGGGAGUAAUGCUGCUGAUAGUCACUGUAGAAAUUGGUUGAAGACUGGUAAUUGCAGUUACGGCAACACUUGUCGCUACACACAUGGAACUCAGCCACGAGGCAAAGGAUUUAGCUUUAGCCGGUCAACCGAGAGGCCCACAGGUGAUCUGCGGGAGAGGAUGAAAAAUAAAAGACAGGAUGUUGACCCAGAAAACCUGAAGCGAGACCUAGACGAGCCCACAUCCCCCACAGUAAGACAGAGAGACUCCUCCAGAGGCCGACACAGGGAGAAGGAGGACAUAAAGAUCACAAAGGAGCGCACCCCAGCCAGUGAAGAAGAGCCCACAGAGUGGGAAACCAAUCGUGAAGACUCUGAUAUCGGCGACUACGACUACGAGUUAUCCCUAGAGAUGAAGCGCCAGAAGAUUCAACGUGAGCUGUUGAAACUGGAGCAAGAGAACCUGGAGAAGAGGGAGGAGAUUGUUAUUAAGAAAGAUGAGACCCCCACCAAAACAAGGACCACCUGCUUGCCAAAGGCCUCCCCAGAGCAGUUAAGCUCGAAAGAUUCACCCUCAUCCCGGAAGUCAGGCUCCCCAAAACACAAAAGUGGAACCAAAGGGCCAGGCUCUGGGAAGAAAGAGAAGAAGACAUCCGUAUCCUCACCUGUUUCAGAAUCUACCAGGUCUUCAAAAGGGAGCCACAGUAAAAAGAAAGGGCCACGUACCCCGAGUCCUCCUCCCCCAGUUCCCCUGGACAUUCCUGUGAUGGGGAAGAAACACAAAGGCAAACACAAAAACAAGGAGAAGUCUGAGGAAAAACAGAAGGAAGGGAAAGAUCGGGGACGAGAUACAGAAAAACACAAAGAGAAGAAGGAAAAACGCAGGGACCGAUCAGACAGUUCCCACAAAGCCAAGCGGUCGGUGACAUCAGAGGAGCGAUCUGGUAGUGUUUCCUCUCCCUCCAGAGGUGCUUCACCCUCAGCCCGGAAGAAAUCCACCUCUCCUAAAGCUAAAGCCUCUGUACUGGCCUCCCCUCCUCACAGGUCUCCCUCUCCUCCACGCCGCCACCGUACCCCCACUUCUCCCCGCCACCACUCCCCUUCCUCCCACUCUGGCUCCUCUGCCCAGCGGCACUCUCCGUCUCCUCGUCGGCGUCGCUCAUCCUCUCCCACCUAUCAUCGGAGCACCGCAGCGGCAGCCUCCACCUCCUCACCUCAGAGCUCCAGGCGCUCACGGUCACCUCCAGCCUCCCACGACACCUCCUCGCCCCACCGCCGAUCCGACAGAUCGAGCCCCAGUCGGCACCACUCCAGGGGCCGCGAGAGGAGUCGUGGUGACAGAGAGAGGAGUCCACCUGCCCAGGAGCGCAGACACGAGCGCAGAGAUGAUAGCCGCAGCAAGCGAGAGAAAGACAGUGUCCGUGACGACCGGGACUAUGACUCUGAGCAGGUCUCAUCCCGAGACACCCGAGAUGACAGGGACACCAGAGAGGCCCGUGACCGACGGGACGCUCGCGAUCGAGGAAGGGAAACAACUCGAGACUCUCGCGACCACCGAGACAACAGGGACGUAAAGGACUCCAGAGAGAGCAGGACAGAGACCCGGUCCAGUCGAGAGUCUCUGGAGCGACGGGACCGCGAACGGGAACGAGAGAGGGACAGGGAGAAAGAGAGGGACAAGGAUAGGGAGCGAGAGAAAGAGCGAGAGAGGGAGAGGUCCGACACCCACAGGAAGGAGGAUACGGCCCAGGAUGACAGGAGUUAUGGGAGAGGUCAUGGACGUGAAGAUGGAGGGAGAGCUGAAGGAAGGACGGAGAACAGGACAGACAGGACUGAGAGGAACGGACGAGGGAGAGGCCGUGCUAAUGAAACAUCUGAUAAAGGCUCAAACAGAAACUCUCGCGGUUCCCAGCUGGAGAGUUCCCAUGACAACUGGGAGUCACGGAGCAGUGUGGUGCGCGAGCGGAGCGUGGAGAGAAGCACAGAUCGCAGCGCUACCGAAAGAAGCUCUGAGAGGGGCUCAGACCGAGACCGCUAUGAGAGUGACAGAAGAGGAGAGCAGGCCCGGGACUCCUCCUACGACAGGAGAGGAGGGCACGGAGAGCGGGAUCGCAGAGACAACCGAGAGCGAGAUCAGAGGGCAGUUUCUCCAAACAGACACCAGGGAAGAUCAGAGGAGUCUGAGAGGGACGACAGGAGGGAGGAGCGCAGGACUGACAGAGUGGAGGAGAGACGGGACGACAGGACCCGCGACCGGGAGCGAGAGAGAGACCGGGAGAGGGACAGGGAGCGGGAGAGGGAGAAAGAGAAGGACAGAGAGCGAGAGAGGGAGAGGGAAAAGGAGCGAGAGAAGGAGAGGGAGGCUGCUGAGAGGGAGCGGGCCAGGGAGAGAGAGCGGGAGCGGGAACGAGAGAGGGAGAGAGAGCGGGAGAGGGAGCGCGAGCGAGAAAGGGAGCGCGAGGAGCGGGAGAGAGAGAGGGAGAGGAAGGAGCGAGAACGGGAGAGGGAGAGAGAGAGGGAGCAGCGGGAGAGAGAGAGGCAGCGGGAGUGGGAGGAGAGAGAGAGAGGAAGGGAGGAGAGGCGGGACAGGAGAGAGGACACCAGGGAAGACCGGUCUCUUCGAGACACCCGGGACGAUCGCAAGACAAGUCGUAAGAGGUCCAGACAGGAGAACAGCCCCAGCCCCCGUUCCUCGCCAAAGCGAGCUACACGGGACCUCAGUCCGGCAGACAGCGAUGGCUACAACAGUGCAGAAGACAAAAGUGGUGAUAAGCAUCGUCUGCUGAGCCAGGUGGUGCGGCCCCUGGAGCCCUCCUUGCGUUCUCCACCAAGGGCCGCUCCAUCUGAUGACAAGCUCAGUCACUGGAAGGACGAAGAGCGCAGAGGAGCCGGGGACAAAAGGGAAGCACGCAGCCGCCACGAAGACCUAGAGUCUCGUGGGGAACGCAGCAGAGGAGGCGACAGACGAGGAGAUCACCUCUCAGACACCCCAUCUGACUCCCGUGGCAGAGGCAGAGACCAGCGAGAAUCCACUCCACCUCCUCCUCCUUCAGCCCUCGCUGCUGGCAGCGAAGACAGAGACACCGCUGGCUCCCAGUCCCACGAGGAGGGCAAAAAGAAGACAAAGUCGCAGAGGAAAGGGCUGAAGAAGGGCCGCAAAGACGAGGAGAUUAGCGUUGGCAACAGCCUGGCUGCUGUAGGGGACCGUUUCAGCCACGAUCCCCCCACUGCUGCCUCUUCAGAUGGACCUCCACCCUUACACUCUCCCAGGAAAGUUGCCAAGAAGAAGGCUCUUGACCGAAAGAGAAAACGGUCACCAGAAGGAGAUUCUGACAUAUCCGAGGAGGAUACUUCACGUCAGUCACAUAGUAAGAGGAAGAGAGGUCCCCGGACACCACCACCCUCGAUGAGGCCUGAUCACCGCGGUGCUGGAGGCAACACAGAGCCAUCUCCGCUGUCCAAAAUGGACAACUUCAGUGACUGGUCAGAUGAGGAGGUCACAGACCGAGGAGGAGGACCACUGGAAACACAAGCUCCCCUGGCUCCUGCUGAGCCUCUUAGAAGAGGCGGAGGACCCAGGGUGGGCAGGGACAGGGAUAGGUGCAAUCCCCCACCCAUUGCCCCUCUACUCCCCCAGGAUCCUCCUAUGUUGCUGCAGACUCUGACUCCACAGCCCCUCAUGUCCCAGCCCCUGCUCCGCAAACCUCCACCAGAGCAGACACGCAGCAGCAGCAUGGGGAGCAACCAGAGCCGCACAUCAUCCCGACGCCUGCGAUCACCCUCUGACGAGUCAGCCCACCGAGAAGACCCCCAGGGUCCACGAUCCCGCCGGGGAAGGCUGCAGGGCACCAACUCUCGCGAUCGAGAGAGAGAAAGAGAGCGGGAGAGGGAGAGGGAGAGAGAAAGGCCAGCUGUAAAUGACCCUCCUGUGGCCGAGAGGAAGUCUCGAAUUGACCAGUUGAGGAGAGGAGAGCCCAGUCGCAGCACCUCAUCAGACCGGCAGGAUUCUCGCAGCCACAGCUCCAGACGCAGCUCUCCUGACUCUGAGAGGCAAACCAGGUCCAGGUCCCGCGCUGGCUCCUACGACAGUCGAGAACGGGAGAGAGACAGAGAGCCGUUUGAGCGGGAACGAGACCGAGACCGAAAGGACCUCCGGCCUCAGCAGCAGCAACAGCAACAGCAGCCCCUGCUCCUCCAACAGCCCCUUCAACAACAAAGAGACUGGGAGCCCGAGCCUAGGGACUGGCCCAGCAGGGGACGAGAGCCCCUGCUCAUGCGUCCCGGCCGUGAACCUCUCCUGAGGGAGCGGGACAUGAGGGACAGGGAACGCUUACUCCCUGAAGGACUCAUCCAGCAGCACGAACGGGAGCGGGAGAGGGACAGUAGAGGUGAAAGAGGCGGCGAGCGAGAGAGGGAAAGGAUGAUGAUGAUGGAGCUGCCGCCUCACGGGGAUCCCAGGGCUCCAGGACGAGUGGACCUGAGGGGAGAAAUGAGAGGAGACCUGCGAGGGGACAUGAUGAGGCAGGACAGGAGCGACUAUGAACCUCUGCUGCCAAGAGAAGCCUUGAGCCCUUCAGAGAGCGAGAAAGCGAGCAACAGUCACCAUCUCAUGGGAGAGCAACGGGAGCUGGAGAAGGCGGACAGCAUCGACGGAGACGAUGACGGUAAAGAAGACGAUGGACAGUCAGUAGCAUCUGUGGGAGAGGAGUACGAACCAAUCAGCGAUGACGAGCUGGAUGAAAUACUGGCUGAUAGCCAGAAAAAAGAGGAUCAGCAGGACGAUGAAAAAAUUACAGGUCCUUUGGAUGUGAUCGAUGUGGACUGGUCCAGCCUGAUGCCCAAACAGAAGCAGGAACCGCGGGCAGCAGGGGCGGCAUUGCUCCGGUUCACCCCAGGGGCUGUGCUCCUCAGGGCUGGCAUCUCCAAGCGACUUGCUGGGCCCGAGCUCCUGGAGCAAGUCAGAGAGGUGUGCAAGUCUGAGCUGGACGACCCUAAAGAUGCUGACAAGCUGUUCGAGCAUGAUCUUGGGGCCCUGAACAUGGCGGCCCUGAACAGGCGGGUGGAGAGAGCAGGUUUACUGAGCAACCUUGGGCCCUGCUGCAAAGCCCUGUGCGCCCGCAGAGACUUUGCCAUCCGUCGGCAGCUGUUGAAAAAUGACAAGGGCCUAACCAAGCAGUAUCCCACUACCCCUGUAGUGGACAACGAGCUGCUGCAGAUGAGCAUGCGUCUCUUCAGAAGGACCGUGGCUGGCCAGGCCUCGGCCCCAGAAAGGUCCGACAGUGGCUCGGCACCAGCAGCCGAAGUUGCCGCAGCUGGUAGCAGUAAGCUCAGCGCAGCGCAGCCUGAGGUGUGUGUGUCCUGAAAGAAAUGGGCUUAGUGAGUAAAAGACAUGCAAGUGAACUCCUCUAAGCCUUCACUUCUUCUAGCCCUCGCUCUUCACCUCUUUCUUUCCCAUUUCAUUACAUACAUAGUCUUUUUAGACACAAGAGGAAAUAAAGAAAAACAGCAAAAUUGUGAAUUUCUUAGUUAUGCUUUACAUGUUUUGGAUGAUUUGCAAGUGCUGUCCCAUAGACUUCUGGACAUUCUAGCCUAUGGAGGUGUGUAAUCGACCGUGUACGAGACAUGUAAAACACCUAAAAUGACUUCAUGUUUUUUUUUUGUGCAUUACAGUGUUUUAGAUCUGCUUUUUAAUUGUCCGUUUCACCUGCCUAAUCAAGUUCAGACGACUGUUCUGUUUUCUUAUGUUGUGCAUUGGUUCCUACAACUGUGCAUUAAAAUGGUUAGAUGUUGAUUUUUGUAAUGGGUCUUUUGCUUUGUAUGAAGUGACUGUCCAGCCUUCAAAUAAUGUGACACUUGAUGUUUUUGUUGCUAUUUUUGUUUGCGCCAUAUCACAAAAUACCUGCAGAGCUAAUCUAUAGCAUUUGAUGCAGAGAAGUUACUGACCAGCAACACUGAAACUGAACCGUCCUGCCGGGACUUGAACAAACGUUUUGCCUGAAUGAGCACUGCCAAACUAUUCCUUCACUGAAUGUAAGUUGUUACAACUGUUGGACACGUUAUUGUUUUUUUGCUUGAUGUAUUUGUUUUGAAUAGUUUGGCAAUGUCUCCCUGAAGUGAACUCAAGUGAGUGCAGAGAACACUAUAGACUGCAGAAUACUUCAACACUGCCAUGUGGAAUUCCUCUCCUUAACGUUCACCAGCCCACACCAUCCAAAAAGGAGCCAAAAAUGCUGAUAGGAAAAGACACUAGAGUGUUUAGGUAAAAAAAAAUGACUGGAGAUAAUUAAUCUGAACUUCACAUCUUGUUUCUGUGGUCCAGUGUUUGACCAUCCAGAGUCACAAUAAAAAGACUUGUACAGGUGGAUAAGCUGAAGCUCUGGGAUGUGGUUGUAUGAAGACUUGAAAAGAGCAGGUUGUGCAUGCUGUGAGUGCUGGGACAGAAAUUCAACGGACAAACCGUCUUAAGUGUUGCACUGAACAGAUUAAGAAUGGAAAAAGGCUGUUAUAGAACUGGAUUCAACGUGACACCUCGUCCCGGCCACGCAACUGUGACUUGAAAUCUAAGUGACAUUACAGACGUGGAGAGGCUGGGCUCUGAUGAAGCCCGCUGUCCUUAAGUCUAUGAUGUUCAAAGACACUUUUCCUACUCCAUGUUUCUUUUUACAAGGUGUGUAAGUAAAGAUAUUUGGUUUAACUCUGUACUAUUAUUAUUUUUUAUUUUUACUGUAAAAUAAAUGUAGAAUGACA